GUCAUUAUUUUCAAUUAUUUUUUCGAAUUGGACGAAAGGAGUUGAAUUCGUCUUUUCAUGAUUUAAAUUACAAUAACCAUGGCUAAUACAGGCUUAUUGCCAUUUGUACGUGGUGUAGACUUCACAUGUAAUGAUUUCAGCGAUGAAAAAUUCCCAGAUGCUAUUCGAUAUAUGACAGGGCUUCAGUGGUUGAGGCUAGAUAAAACAAAUUUGACUGAAGUGCCGGAGGAAUUAGGAAAACUUAUGAAAUUGGAGAAUCUCUCAUUGAAGAAUAAUAAUCUGGAAAAGUUAUUUGGUGAGCUGACUGAGUUGAAAUGUUUGAGAUCUCUCAAUGUGAGGAGAAACCGAGUGAAAAGUUCUGGAAUUCCUGCGGAACUGUUCCGAUUGGAGGAGUUGACUACACUGGACUUGUCCCACAACAGACUGAAGGCUGUACCUGAAGGCCUGGACAAAGCCAAAUCAUUACUUGUACUGAAUCUCAGCCAUAAUAAGAUUGAAAGCAUACCGCCUACACUUUUUGUCCAACUGACAGAUCUUCUAUUUCUUGACUUAUCUGACAACUUACUGGAGACCCUGCCACCACAGACGAGGAGGCUGGCGAAUCUGCAGACUCUGAUACUUAACGACAACCCAUUGGGGCUCUUCCAACUACGGCAACUCCCUUCCCUCCAAAGCUUGGAGACCCUACACAUGCGGAACACGCAGCGUACACUAGCCAAUCUCCCAACCUCACUGGACACACUAUCAAACCUCUCUGACGUGGAUCUCUCUAAAAACGCCCUUACAAAAGUACCCGAUGCGCUGUACUCGUUGCUUGGGCUGAAAAGGCUUAAUCUUAGCGACAAUGAAAUCACAGAGGUGUCACAAGCCAUCGACAACUGGCAGAAGCUAGAAAGCCUGAACCUAUCCCGCAACAAACUGACAAGCCUCCCGGCCACUCUGUGCAAACUCCUCAAUCUAAAGCGAUUGCAUGUGGAUGACAACCAGCUGGACUUCGAGGGCAUACCAUCGGGAAUAGGCAAGCUGUGUAGUAUGGAGGUGUUCUCCGCCGCUAACAACUUGUUGGAGAUGAUCCCUGAAGGAUUAUGCAGAUGCGGCUCCCUCAAGAAACUAAACCUCAGCUGCAACAAGCUCAUCACGCUCCCCGACGCCAUCCACCUCCUCAGCGACCUCGAAAGCCUCCAGCUCCACGGGAACCCAGACCUGGUCAUGCCGCCCAAGCCUGUCGAGCGAGUCCGCGGGUCCGGGCUAGCUUAUUACAACAUCGACUUUUCACUGCAAGCGCAGUUGCAGUUGGCCGGGGCGGCUACGUCAGAGCCUGUCACACCUAGCAGUGUAAAAUCGGACCCGAUCGCGCGCAAGCUUCGUUUGCGUCGCGGCCGCACCGAGGCCACGGGGGGCGAGCGCGAAUCCGCUAUGAUACUCCGUGGAAUGCAGGAGCAGGCUAACACACAAGCCAAUGUCGAGUUACCUCCCAAUAGCGAGCUCAAGCCUAAACGCUGGGACGAGAGUUUAGAAAAGCCGCCGCUGGACUACUCGGAGUUCUUCGACGAAGAUACGGGACAGACGCCCGGGCUGCAGGUCUGGGAGAUCGAAAACUUCAUACCCGCGCCCGUGGAAGAGGUGGCGCAAGGCAAGUUCUUCGAAGGCGAGUGUUAUAUCAUUCUGAAGACCGCGUUGGAGGAGCAAGGGCAGCUCACAUGGGAUAUUCAUUUUUGGAUUGGAUCUAAGGCCACGCUGGACAAGGGGGCAUGCGCCGCCAUGCACGCCGUGAACCUGCGCAACCUGCUCGGCGCCAAGCGCACGCAGCGCCACGAGCAGGGCGACGAGUCCGAGGAGUUCCUCGCUCUCUUUCCCACACCGCCCGUCUACAUCCAGGGCGCGCACACCGCUUCCGGCUUCUUCACCGUGGACGAGCCGCGUUACGUGACCCGUCUAUACCGAGUGCACGCGCACGGCAGCGGCGUCCACUUGGUUCCUGUCGAAGUAUCCGCCGCCUCGCUCGAUCCUCGCCACGUGUUCAUACUGGACACCGGCCUCAUUAUAUACCUGUGGUACGGUAAAAAAGCGAAGAACACCCUCAAGUCGAAGGCGCGCCUGUUCGCAGAGAAGAUAAACAAAGAAGAGAGGAAGAACAAAGCCGAGCUGAUAGCGGAGCCGCCGGGCAAGGAACCUAAAUCCUUCUGGCAGACUUUAGGAUAUGAGGGCGACGCGUUUGUACCAGAGGAGCACGUGCCAGUAGACUUCAGCUGGCUCCCCCCUCGCCUGUACCGCGUCGAGCUCGGUAUGGGCUAUUUGGAGUUACCGCAACCCGAGGCAGCUCCACUGGCGCGAGGCGUUCUAGCUACUCGCAAUGUGUACAUACUGGACGCGCAUCGCGACGUGUUCGUGUGGUUCGGCAAGAAGUCUUCCCGAUUAGUGCGCGCGGCGGCUGUCAAGCUAGCGCAGGAGUUAUUCAACAUGGUGGAGCGUGUGGAGUACGCUCUCGUCACGCGCCUGCAAGAAGGCACCGAGACUCAGAUAUUCAAGACAUAUUUCUUGGGUUGGGAGGAGGUGAUCGCAGUAGACUUCACGCGCACGGCCGAGUCGGUGGCGCGCACCGGCGCCGACCUCGCCAGCUGGGCCAAGCGACAAGAAACCAAAGCGGACCUAUCAGCGCUCUUUACACCGCGCCAACCAUCAAUGCCAGCGACCGAAGCCAAAACGCUCGCCGACGAAUGGAACGAAGACUUAGAGGCCAUGGAGGCGUUCGUUCUAGAGGGACGGCACUUCGUACGCUUACCUGAUUCUGAGCUAGGCGUGUUCCAUUCGCAGGACUGCUACGUGUUCCUGUGCCGGUACAUCCUGCCAGCGCCGGAAGACGAAAGCGAGAGCUCCAACGGCGACGAAGAAGGAGACGCGGACGCGGUCACGUGGGUGGUGUACUUCUGGCAGGGCCGCCGAGCGCCCAACAUGGGCUGGCUGACAUUCACGUUCGGUCUCGAGCGCAAGUUCAAGCAGCUCUGCAAGCGGCUGGAAGUGGUGCGGACGCACCAGCAGCAGGAGAGCCUCAAGUUCAUGUCGCACUUCCACCGCCGGUUCAUCAUACGGGACGGCAAGAGGAAUACGCCGCCGGAGGGCGGCAAGCAGCCAGUGGAACUGUUCGAGCUGCGUAGUAACGGGUCCGCGCUGUGCACGCGCCUCGUCCAAGUGAAGGCCGAUGCGGCGCAGCUGAACAGCGCUUUCUGUUACAUCUUAAACGUGCCGCUAGAGGGCUCCGACGACACUUCGUCAGCCAUAGUGUACGCGUGGAUCGGCAGCAAAGCGGACGCGGACUCCGCCCGUCUCAUCGAGCAUAUCGCCGAGCAAAAGUUCAACAGUCCUUGGGUCAGCUUGCAGGUGUUGACCGAGGGCAGCGAGCCGGACAACUUCUUCUGGGUGGCGCUUGGAGGCCGUAAAGAAUACGAUACGGAUGCAGACUUCCUCAACUACACGAGACUGUUCCGCUGCUCCAACGAGAAGGGAUACUUCACGGUGUCUGAGAAGUGCACUGAUUUCUGCCAGGACGACCUGGCGGACGACGACAUCAUGAUCCUGGACAACGGCGACCAGGUGUUCCUGUGGCUCGGCGCCAAGUGCUCCGAGGUGGAGAUCAAGCUCGCCUACAAGUCCGCUCAGGUAUACAUCCAACACAUGAAGACCUUGCAGCCCGAGCACCCGCGCAAGCUGUUCCUAACGCUCAAGAACAAAGAGUCUCGCCGGUUCACCAAGUGCUUCCAUGGCUGGGGCGAGCACAAGAGGCCUCCUGAGUAAAUUGUACGAGACAACACAAAAUAGGUCUACAGCAGUGGUUCUUAACCUUUAUAAGAGAACACUCAACAAAAUUACUUUUAAAACACCUAUGAUGUUAGGUUUUUUUAUUAUAAAUUUGCAGAUACUGAUUGCUGUAAUGUAUGAUCAAUGGUCCACGAGCCAUGGGUAAAGAACCACUGGUCUAUAAUGAUUGUGGGCGUUCAAGAUUUUGAAUAGCCAUUCAUUCCCUGAUUAUAUUCUACUGACUUCUAGUUCGUUUUUUUUUAGCAUUAGAAAGAACUUGCAAGAAGGUAAGUUUGACAAGUCUUUUAAUUGAAAUAAGCUUUUUAAAAAUCAAAAUUUAAUACUUAUGAAAGCAGAAGAAUAUAAAUGAUCGUAUUAGAUUCAUAAUUGUUACAUAUUUGCCGUAACUUAUUUUUAAAAUGUGUUUUUCAAUUAAAAGACACAUCAAGAUUGUUUACCUUAUUUCUAAUGCUAAAAAAACGAACUAUAGAGCCAAAAAAAGGACUCUUAUAAGAUGAUUCGAAAAACAAAUUUGAAUCCUUUUGUUCAUCCCUUUCACUUUUAGUCUCAUUCGCUAAAUGCCUCAUCUUCAAAAUUGUUCCUUUAAAUAAAGAAAAUUAAGCUGUAUCCUAAUAAUUACAAUACAUUCACAUUAUGCCUAUUAAAAUUUAUCUUAUUUCUAAAUUUUACAGCAAAAAUGUUAGACGGGUCAAAGCGGACAUCUUGAGAAUGGGGUAUAUUUUAUAAGUGGGGCGUUUUGCGAAAGGGACAUUAAAUGAUUAAACCAGUAAAUGAGUGGCUCAUUACACGCCCUAUUCCUGAAAACCCACCUUCUGAAUAUAAUAAAUAAUUCGAUUUAUUUUAACUUGUUUUCACAUAAUUAAUUCCUUCACAUCAUUAUGUAUAUUUAUUUCAACAAUAUAUUAUGAUUCGUAGUUUAGGUACUUUAAGUUUUGCUUGGUUAUGCCUAAUAAUCGUAAAAGCUGGUCUUGUUCCUUAUAUUCAGAGUGUAAAGUGCCAAUUGUCCAGCCUAGGAUACCACAGAAGUUCUUUUGUUAAAUGCUCUACUGACACUACUUAAUUCCUCAUGAUAGUCAUUUUACAAUUUUAGACUAUAUAACAGUGUUGGCCGAACGUUAAUUGCAAUUGACCAUUAACCAGUACAAAUUGAACUGUAAACGGUAACAGACGGUUACAGUUGAUGGAAUUUAUACUGGUUAAUGGUCAAGAAAAUUCAAUUGCACUAACGUUUCGGCCAACACUGCUAUAUAAGGCAAUUUCCUCGUGCGUAUGCUCACUCUGUGUGGACUUGGCUAAUCAGGUCACUUUUAUUGUAUCAUGGUUAUCAUGGACUGGCUAGAAAAAGCAAAGCCUGAAUUUGUUGCCGUCCAAAUGUUUAUGAUCUUUAUUGGGAAUCAGUAUUAGAUUUCAUUUUAUGUAACAAUCGCCUUGAUAAUGAUAAUAUAUAAGCAUUUUUAAAGUUUCAUGAGAGAUUUGCACAAUUUUCAAUUAUGAUGUCCAACUGGGCUUCCAUAAAAGACAUUAGCAAGGAAUCAGAUAUUUGAUAGCAAUGAAAGACUGAAUCAUGCCAUUUUACAAAGUCAUUUUAUUUGUCAUCUUCACUUAAAAUAUUAAGCACAAGUAUGAGAUUGAGAUUAUACCCUAAUGCUACUGGGUGUAACAGUGACUAGCAUAGAAGAGAUUUCUUUUUGUGUACUCUGUGACAAGUAUGCAUUUGUUAUAAUGCAUUUACAUAUGUAUCAAAUUCUAACAAUUAAUUUAGAUGUACAUAGGAAUAUUUUUGAAUUGAAUAUAAAUUAAUUUUCAUCCUGUAAUCAUGUAAAUAAGAUUUAAUUUAUUAAAGAGUAAAAUUUCAAAUAUCAUGAUUGAUGUGCAAUAACAGUUUUAAAUAAAGCAGUUUAGCACAAAUUAUAUCACCCAAUUAAUGUAGCUUUUGUAACAAUUGUAUCAUAAAAAUCUAUUAAUAAAGUAAAUAAACUGUUAAAA